AUGUCGGACGGAGAAGAGACCCAGUCCAACCCCCCCGUUGCCGCCGCCGAUGAGGUCGAGGUUUCCGCCGACGCUGGCUCCGGCCAGAUGUCCGUUCUCGACGCUCUGAAGGGUGUCCUCCGUGUCUCCCUCAUCCACGACGGUCUUGCCCGUGGUCUCCGUGAGGCCGCCAAGGCCCUCGACCGCCGCGAGGCUCACAUGUGUGUCCUCAACGAGGGUUGUGAGGAGGAGGCCUACAAGAAGCUUGUUGUUGCCCUCUGCUCCGAGCACAAGAUCCCCCUGAUCAAGGUCCCCGAUGGAAAGCUCCUCGGCGAGUGGGUUGGUCUCUGCACCCUUGACCGUGACGGUAACGCCCGCAAGGUCGUCAACUGCUCUUGCGUUGUUGUCAAGGACUGGGGUGAGGAUACCCAGGAGCGCGCUGUCCUCCUCAACUACUUCCAGACCGAGCAGUAG